UAGGAGGAUAGAUUAGUAAAUUAGUAAACAGUGAAAAUUAAUUGUCUGGGAAACAUAAUAAAACUAAUAAACGCCUUUAAAGUUUAAUUCAGUUGAAAAUUGAUCAACAAUCAAAAACACCGUUAUAAUUAAUUGCUUUUCAUUCAUUCUUGUUUUAAGUGGCAUUUUUUUUUCAUCAACUUGAGUUGAUUAACUUUUCAAUUAAUUACUCAGUUGAUUGUUGCCUCUUGUUUACAGUUUAUUUACACAGUUUUAAAGGUUAAUUGUGAGACUUUGUAUUUAGUGCUUAUUAUUUUUCAACAAUUAACUGUGGUUAAUGAGAUUAACAAUCAAUGAUACAAUUAAAAUCCAUUUUCUUAACUUUCUUAUUUAUAUUGAAAGGGGGGCAAACAGCUGAUAUUAAGUCAUUAGAAUGUAAUUUUACCGUUGACCUGUGUGAUUGGAUUGACCCAACAGCGGUAGUUUGGACAAUUGGUAACUAUGAGAGCGCAUCCUUUGGUCAACCAGUCAAGGAAGUAGCUAACGGAGGAUUCAUCUCAAUUAAUGUUCCAUACACGAACAAAUAUCUACUAGAAUCACCGAUAAUCGAUAGCGACAUUGAACCAUUUUGUAUAUAUUUCAAUUAUUAUAUGUUUGGUCCGUUAACGGGAUCGUUAACACUGGAAGCAGUUAAAUCGGAUACGGAACAAGGUGCUACUAUUAAGACUGAGAAAAGUAUAUGGAAACGUGAAGGUUCACAAUAUGAUGAUUGGAUUCUCGGUAAAUAUCACGUAUCACCAAUUAAAGGAAAAGGGGAUUUUCUGAUACAAUUUACAGCUACUUCGGAGGAUAUUGCUUUAGGUCCAAUUAGCGCUAGACCGGGUUCAUGUGAAUACAAUAACGAUUGUGAUUUUGAAGAUUCAUCUCUAUGCUUUUGGAUAGUUGAACCCGAUUAUAAGAGUAACUUUCGUUGGUUUAUAUCCAAUGGAAUAGAUUCUUCUAAAGAUGAUUUGGUUGGAAUUGAUGUAACGACAGAAACUGAUAUUGGUCAUUUCAUGAGAACACCAAAGGAAGGCAACAUUAAAUCAACAAGUUCAAUCAAUCCAACAAUCUAUUUAGUUCCUAAUGAAGCGAAAUGUUUAUCAUUUUACUUUUACAAGUCGAGUGAUGUUUCUGAUAUUUUAGAGAUUGACUUUAUUGGUACAAGUACUACAGCUCGAAAAAUGAUCUGGUCUUCAAGUUCAGUGGUCAUUACUAAACAAUGGAUUCCAAUUAAUAUAAAUUUACAUCCACAUGAUGAUGAUGAUUAUUUUAAGGUCUCAUUGAGAGCGGAACGUUUCACCAACGGUGCAACUCCGAUUGCGAUAGAUGAACUUAGGAUAAGUCCACAAUCCUGUGUCCCAAUCGGAUCAUGUGAUUUUAAUUCAGGUCUUUGUAACUAUCAUGUCAACAAAGGUAAAUUACUGGUUGGUUUUGGACGAUUAGCUGAUCCCCUCGCAAUUAAAUGGGACCCAUUGAGAAAUGUUGAUCCAUAUGAUUUGUUUGUUUACACUGCAACUGAAUUGUCCGGUGAAUCGGUUGAAUAUUCAUUGCAAAGUCCAACGAUUUUCCAAUCGACGAAACAAUGUUUGACCUUUUCAUAUGUAGUAGGUUUCGUUGAAAAAGCUUCAUUCACGAUUAACUUGAUACCAAUUGAUACGAAAACGCCGUUAACAAUUUGGACAAUGGACGAUAAAACUAUCCAAGAAUCAUGGAACUCGAUUGAACUUUCGAAACCAUUGACUGAUUACACAUCGAAACCUUUUAAAUUAUCGUUCGAUUUUAGUGGAAAACAGUUAUUCUUGGGCAUUGAUGAUGUUUUACUAAUUCCAUGUAUCAAUGGAUCAACAGAUCGACCUUAUAACUCUUGCGAUAAUUACGAUGGUUUAAUUGAUGAUCGUUGUAUCAAUAUUGUUCCUUCACACUUUAAUAAUUGGCAAUUUAUGGAUACAAAUGCGUUGAGACAAAACGUAACUCCGAUUUUCAAUGCAACCGAUGAUCAAGUGUUGGCAUUUGACUUAUCGAUUCAAUCUCGAACUGAAUCAAUGUCCUACUUUUACAUUUCCAAUCUAAAACCGUAUACACAUUAUUGUCUUAAAUUCUGGUACAUUAUUGAUGGAAACUUGAAAUUAAAUCUGUGGAAAGAUAAUUUUAAAGAUGAUUUUGAUGAAUAUCUUAUAACUGCCCCUUGGUUUCAACUUAAUCACCAUUUUGGUCUUAAUUGGGAUCAGGCAAAGAUUCAAAUUGAUCAUGUUAGUCCUGAGACUAUGAUUAUCUUUGGUGCGAGUUAUGGUUCUGAGUCAAAUGGAGCAAUUAUCAUCGAUGGAUUAGAUUUGAUUGAAGGUGAAUGUUCAUUAGAUUAUGGAUAUUUUUGUGAUUUUGAAAGUAACAAUUGCAUUUGGAAUAAUUUUCUCGACGGAAAAUUGGCCAUAACUGGAAUGGGUAAAGUGUACGAAGCGGGAACCAACUGGAUUAAAGUUGUGGGUAAAGGCAGGUUACCUAAUAGAGAUUCAUCAAAAUCCAUCGACGGUCAUUAUUUGACCCUUCAAAGUGUUGCCGGUGAAAAGGCGAUUUUCUCAUUCCCACCAAUAUAUUUAGCCGAUAAUUCAAGUGAAUUGUGUUUAACAUUUGAUAUUUAUCCUGUUGCAACCAAUAAUCUGGAUGUGGUCAUUGAACAGAGUGGGAUUAUCACCUUGGUGGAGACCUUGGCUGUACCUAAGACAUGGAUGUGGUUAGUUUCACAAACUUUACUCAAAUUCAAUCCCAAAUUGGGUAAAGUUGCUCAUGUUUAUCUUAUUGGUUCAGGAUCUCUUGCAAUCGAUGAUUUAUCAAUUAAAAUGGGUGAAUGUUCACCGCAACAAUUUACUUGCAAUGAUGGUGAAGUAAUUAAAGCAUCUAAAGUUUGUGAUCAUGUUGUCGAUUGUUCAAACGGUGAAGAUGAAUCUAAUUGUGGUUCUUGUGAUUUUAAAGAAGAUUUUUGUAAUUAUGAAUUUGAUGAAGAUGCUUAUUGGUCACUCAAUGAUGGACAAGUUCAAGUUCAACAAAAACAUGGAGGAAUUUGGGGAUCAGUGACUUCGGGGUUGACCAGUCCACUAUUAGGACCAACUUCACCUUCCUGUAAAUUACAAUUCGAGUGCAAAAAUAGACUGUCUGAUGGAGAUAGUCAACUGAAAGUGUUAUUAGUAUUUCAAGAUGGCCGAGAAGUUGAAGUUUGGGAUGAAGAAAUGGUCUCUGUUAUUGAAAACGAUCUUGUUCAAAUUGAUUUGGGUCGAAUACCGAUUAUGUUUAAUAUUCGAUUCUUUGCAGAGUUAAGUGUGUAUUUCUUUGAGCGAAAAUCUUUUUCAUUCGGUCCGAUUAAAAUGAUCGAUUGUGGUUACGAGGAUACCAAAAGUUCAGGUGAACAAUAUUCGUGUAAAAAUGGUCGUCUCAUUGAUUUAGAUCGCGUUUGCGAUUCUUCAAUUGACUGUGCUGAUGGAGAUGAUGAGUUGAAUUGUGAUAAAGUGAAAAUUUAUUCCUUCGAAGAUACCAAAUCUCCAAACUAUUGGAUUGAUCUUACAAAUGAUAGAAUCAAAUGGUCUCAUGUAAAGGCCGUAGGAUCGAUAGUGUCAACUCCUCCAAGAGAUCAUUCAAUCGGUCUACCGAAUGGCGGUUAUAUGGCCGUUUAUCCGAUCAAAGACUUUACCAACUCAAUGUUAUCCAAUAAAGAGAUAAGUUUAAUCGGUCCUGAGUUGACAAAUAUUGAUGGUUGUUCAAUGGUCUUUUAUUAUAAUAUCGCUGGUGUUACUCUGAUUGUCUCGGUCUUGAACAAUACAAGUACAAUGGACUUAAUGUCGAUCCCGCCGAGUUCAUCUUUCGGCUUUAAACGUCAAAGAAUCACAUUGAAAAAAGGUGAUAUCGAAGGUGAAUUCAACUUCGUUUUCAAAGCUCAAUAUCCAUCGAGUGAUUCUACAUUCGCGAGAUCAUAUUAUGCUGCGAUUGACGAUGUUGUCAUUGAUUCUUCAUGUUUCUCAAAUUCUAAUAUUGAUCCAGUUGAUCCAAAAUCUAAGUGUACCAACGAUGAAUAUCAUUGUAAAAAGGAUGAUAUUUGUAUCGCAAGGGAAAAGGUUUGUGAUUAUCGUUCUGAUUGUUCAGAUGAUUCGGAUGAAAUUAAUUGUGGCCCAUGUUCAUUCAAUCAAUCAUCAACAUCUCUUUGUGGUUGGAAAAAUGAAGGUGAAGAUUAUUGGGUUUUACUUGAUGAUUACAGUGGUGAUCUUGAUGCAAUUCGAGUGCCAGUUACCGAUAAGCCAGAACAUUUCAUUAUUCCCGAUAGACGAACAUCUGAAAUUCAAUCGAUACUCACAUCACCAAAACUUGGACCAACUUCUUCCGGUUGUAAAUUUAGCUUUAAAUAUUUCGUUCGUCCAUACGCAACCAUGUCCAUUAAGAUAAAAAAUGAUCAAGAUUUAAAUUCGCAACUUUUUGAGGUACUCGAAUCAAAGACCUAUUGGGCUUCCGAAGAAUAUCCAUUGAGUUCAUUUUCUCCUGGAUAUUAUAUUCAAUUCGUUUUGGACAUUACUUCGACCAAUUUGUUUGAGAAACUUUCACCCGCGGGAUUAGCUGAAUUUCAGUUUAAAAAUUGUGACCCGGCCAGCCAUCCGCCGACAACAACCCUGCGGCCAAUUAUUAUCACUACAACUCCGUCGGUAAUAACAACAGAUCCAACAACUCAUAUUAUCACCGAAUCCCAGUCCAUCGACACGACGAUACCAAUAAUCAGACCAACAAUGCGACCAGAGACUACACCUCAUGAUAGCAUAGCUCCAACUGAUUUUCCAAUAACAAUUAAUCCAUAUGAAAAUCCUAAAUCCGAUGGAGUUCAUCUUGGUUCAGCGCCAAUCGUUUUACUCGCAAUUGGAACCAUUGUUUUGGUGACCAUUUUUGCAGCACUUUUGGUGAGAAGACGAAUCUUUGGCCGAAAUUAUUCCCCCAAUGGUGUAAUCCCGUUAUUGGAGACAAACUUUAGAUAUGAAGAAGGUCAAGAUCACGAUGGUACAAUAAUUAGUUUUGUCAAUUUAAAAAAUUCUGAUGAACAAAAUCCACUUUACUGAUUUUCAAUCUCUAAAAGAAAUAUUGUUUAAAGGUUAAUCGGUAAAGUAUUUUUAUCGAAACCUGCAAAUGUAAAUAUCAAUCAAUAUGAAAUCAAUUAUAUUUAUUAAUUUCUUGACAAUAUUUUGUUUACCCAAACAUAUAAACAAAAAGUUUGAUCAUCUUUUGAGAGAAAACCAAAAAUAUCAACUCGAUUAUAAGACAAUGGAUUUGGAGAAACUAAUUUGAUAGUUACAAAAAUUGAUAAUAAAUAACAUUUUUCAUGUGGAUGUCAA